CUUCCUUUAGGCCUAGCAUUGGGGUGGAUCACUUUAGGAAGGAUGGACUUGUCAGAGCUUGGAGAGGCUGCGACCUUCCUCAGAACAAGUGAGGUAGAGCUGCUUCUGCUACAGGCCAAGGACUUCGAUGAAAUGAAGACAUGCUGGAUUCGUGACAGCAAGAGUGCUUAUGUUGAGGCUGAGGUUAAAGGGAGGGGAGAUGAUGGCAAAAUAAUUGUUGAAACAACAGAUGGCAAGAGUCUGUGUGUCGAGGAGGAGGAAGUUCAGCAGAUGAACCCUCCACGGUUUGAAAUGACUGAGGACGUGGCAGCGCUGACUCACCUCAAUGAAGCCUCCAUGCUGCACACCCUGAGGAGGCGCUAUGACCGUUGGAUGAUCUAUACAUAUUCGGGCCUCUUGUGUGUGAGCAUAAACCCUUACAAGGGCCUUCCAGUGUAUCAGCGAGAAGUGGUAGCCGCCUACAAAGGGAAGAGGCGAUCAGAGGGCCCCCCUCACAUCUUCGGUGUGGCCAAUAACGCCUUUCAGGAUAUGCUUCACAAUCAAGAGAAUCAGUCUGUAGUCUUCACAGGAGAAUCUGGUGCGGGAAAGACUGUGAACACCAAGCACCUUAUCCAAUAUUUUGCCACCAUUGCGACCAUGGGACAAUCAAGGGAAAAGCCAGGGACUUUAGAAGAUCAAGUCAAACAAGUGAAUCCUAUCUUAGAAGCAUUUGGAAGUGCCAAAACCCUGAGAAACGACAACUCCUCUCGUUUCGGCAAGUUCAUCAGGAUGCACUUCUGUGCCAGGGCCAAGCUGUCAUCUGCUGACAUCGACGUCUAUUUGCUUGAAAAGUCCCGGGUGAUUUUUCAGCAGCCUGGAGAGAGGAACUACCACAUAUUCUAUCAGAUUCUGUCUGGAAAGAAAGAACUUCAUGAUAUGCUCCUGGUGUCUGAAAAUCCUUCUGACUUUCACAUUUGCUGUCAUGGAGUAGUUGCUGUGGAGAGCUCGGAUGAUGCUGCACAAUUACUGGCCACGGAUCAAGCCAUGGACAUCUUGGGCUUCCUUCCUGAAGAGAAGUAUGGAUCCUACAAACUCACUGGGGCCAUCAUGCACUUAGGAAACAUGAAAUUUAAACAGAAACCCAGAGAAGAGAAAGUGGAAGCAGAUGGCACAGAAAGUGCUGACAAAGCCGCUUUCCUCAUGGGCAUUAACUCCUCUGAGCUGGUGAAGGGCUUGAUCCAUCCUAGAAUCAAAGUUGGUAAUGAGUAUGUUACUAGCCAUCAAAAUGUAGAACAGGUGACCUACGCUGUUGGAGCCCUGUCCAAGUCAAUAUAUGAAAGGAUGUUUAAGUGGCUGGUGGCACGUAUCAACAGGGCCCUGGACGCCCGGCUGCCAAGGCAGUACUUCAUUGGCAUUCUUGACAUCACUGGCUUUGAAAUCCUUGAUUAUAACAGCCUUGAGCAACUUUGCAUUAAUUUUACCAAUGAAAAAUUACAACAGUUCUUCAAUCAACACAUGUUUGUUCUUGAACAAGAGGAAUAUAGGAAAGAAGGCAUGGACUGGGUGCCCAUAGACUUUGGUCUGGAUUUGCAAGCCUGCAUAGAUCUCGUUGAGAAGCCAAUGGGCAUCUUUUUUAUCCUUGAAGAGGAAUGUAUGUUUCCUCAGGCUGCAGAUGUGACCUUCAAGACCAAACUUUUUGACAACCAUUUUGGAAAGUCAGUUCAUUUCCAGAGGCCCAGGCCUGAUAAGAAGAAGAAAUAUGAAGCUCACUUUGAACUUGUCCAUUAUGCAGGAGUGGUGCCUUAUAACAUCAGUGGCUGGCUUGACAAAAACAAAGACCUUCUUAAUGAAACAGUGGUGGCUACAUUUCGGAAGUCAUCUAACAGACUCUUGGCAAACCUUUUUGAAAAUUACGUCGAUACCAACAGUGCUCUACAGUUUGGGGAGAAUAAACGCAAGAAGGGAGCUUCAUUCCGAACAGUUGCAUCUCUGUAUAAAGAAAACCUAAAUAAAUUGAUGAUUAAUCUGAAGUCAACAGCACCCCAUUUUGUGAGAUGCAUAAAUCCCAAUGUAAACAAAAUGCCAGGUGUAAUGGACCCUUACUUAGUUCUGCAGCAGCUGCGCUGUAAUGGUGUCUUGGAAGGGGCUAGGAUAUGCCGUGAAGGUUUUCCAAACCGACUGCCGUAUGCUGACUUUAAACAAAGGUACUGCAUUCUGAACGCAAAGGCCUUUCCAAAGAACAAGUUUAUAAGCAGCAGAAAAGCAGCUGAAGAAUUACUUGGCUCCUUGGAGAUAGACCAUACUCAGUACCACUUGGGAAUGACCAAGGUGUUUUUAAAAGCUGGCUUUUUAGGCCAACUGGAAGCAAUGAAGGGUGAAAGGCUAUCUAAAGUCUUUACAUUGUUCCAAGCCAGAAUGAGGGGCACACUGAUGCGAAUCAAAUUCCAGAGGAUUCUGGAAGAGAAGGAUGCACUUCUUUUGAUCCAGUGGAACAUAAGAGCUUUUAUGACUGUGCAGAACUGGCUCUGGAUGAGACUCUUCUACAAGAUUAAGCCUCUUGUUAAAUCUACUGGGAUGGCGAAGGAGGUAGCUGGACUGAAGGAAGAGUGCGUGCAACUGCAAAAGGCCUUGGAGAAAUCAGAAUCUCAGAGGGAGGAACUGAAAGCAAAGCAAGUCUCCCUCAUCUGGGAGAAGAAUGACCUGGUUCUUCAGCUGCAGGCUGAGCAAGAGACCCUGGCAAAUGCUGAAGAGCAGUGCGAGUCGCUGAUUAAAUCCAAAAUCCAGCUGGAGGCCAGAGUCAAGGCACUGUCUGCACGGGUGGAGGAAGAAGAGGAGAUAAAUUCUGAGCUGACUGCCAGGGGGCGGAAACUGGAAGAUGAAUGUUCUGAGUUGAAGAAAGAAAUCGAUGACCUGGAAACAAUGUUGGCGAAGUCAGAGAAGGAGAAGCGUGCCACAGAGCAGAAGGUCAAGAACUUGACUGAGGAAGUGGAGUCUCUAAGUGAGGAUAUCAGCAAACAUAACAGAGAAGUGAAGGUUGUGCAGGAGGCCCACCAGCAAACCCUCGAUGACCUGCACGCGGAGGAGGAGAAACUCGGUGACCUGAGCAAAGCCAACUUGAAAUUGGAACAGCAAGUAAAUGAGCUUGAGGGUGCCCUUGAGCAGGAGAGAAAAGCAAGGAUGAACUGUGAAAGGGAAAAGUGCAAACUGGAGAGCGAUUUAAAGCUGAACCAGGAGAGAGUGGCGCACCUGGAGAGCAGCCAGCUGCAGCUUGCAGAAAAGCUGAGGAAGAAAGAAUUAGAAAUGAGUCAGAUGCGUUCAAAGGUGGAGAAUGAGAAAGGCCAGGUGGCUCAGCUGCGGAAGGCGGUUACCGAGCUUCAGCCUCAAAUACAGCAUUUGAAAGGGGAACUGGAAACUGAAAGGACCACUCGAGCCAAGGUGGAGAGGGAGAGAGCUGACCUCACCCGAGAACUGGAAGACUUGAAUGAGAGGCUGCGGGAGGCAGGAGGGGCCACUUCGGCUCAGCUGGAGAAAACUAAGAAGCAAGAAACAAAAUUGCAAAAGCUUCACGGAGACCUGGAACAGGCCACACUGCACUUUGAGGCAACGUCUGCCUCCCUGAAGAAGAGACAUGCACACAGCCUGGCUGAACUCCAGGGCCAGGUAGAAAAUCUACAACAGGUCAAACAGAAGUUGGAAAAGGACAACAGUGACUUGCAGCUACAAGUGAAUGACCACCUCAUCCAUGUUGAGCAGAUGACCCGAACUAAGGCCAAUGCUGAGAAGCUCUGUAGUCUGUAUAAAGAGCGCUUGAAUGAAGCAAAUGUAAAACUAGAGGAAGUGACUCAAUUGGCAAAUGCCCUGACAGCACAGAAGACAAAGCUACAAAGUGAGAACAAUGAGUUCCUAAAGAGGCUGGAAGAAAAGGAGGCUCUGAUAAACCAGCUUUCCAAGGAGAAGAGCACCUUCGUUCAGCAAAUUGAAGGAUUGAAAGAGCAACUGGAAGAGGAGAUCAAAUCGCAGAGUGCCCUAGCCCAGUCCCUGCGGUCAGCCAAGCAUGACUGUGACCUGCUCCGAGAGCAAUAUGAAGAAGAGCAGGAGGCCAAGGCUGAGCUGCGUCGGGCUGUGUCCAAAGGCAGUGCUGAAGUGCUGCAGUGGAGAAUGAAGUAUGAAGAUGAUGCCAUCCAGAGCACUGAAGACUUGGAGGAUGCCAAGAAGAAGCUAGCAAUCAGGUUGCAGGAAGCUGCUGAGGCCGUGGGUGUGGCCAAUGCCAGAACCGCCUCCCUGGAGAGGGCCAGGCACCGACUGCAGCUGGAGCUGGGGGACGCCCUGGCGGACCUUGGCAAGGCCCAGUCUGUGGCAGCCUCGAUGGACCAGAAGCAGCGACACUUUGACAAGUGCCUGGAUGACUGGAGGCAGAAGCACACAGAGUCCCAGGAGAUGCUGGAUGCCUCUCAGAAGGAGACCCGGGCGCUCAGUGCCGAACUCCUGAAGCUCAGGCAGGCCUAUGAGGAGAGCACCAUGAGCCAGGAGACCCUGCGGAAAGAGAACAGCAACCUCCUAGAAGAGAUUUCUAAUCUGACAAAUCAACUGAGAGAAGGAGACAAGAAGUUAAGUGAAAUGGAAAAGGUCAACAAACAGAUUGAACAAGAGAAGGCUGAAGUCCAGGCGGCGCUGGAAGAAGCAGAGGGAGCUCUGGAACGUAAUGAAAGCAAGAUUCUUCGCUUCCAGCUUGAACUCCUGGAAACCAAAGCGGAACUUGAAAGAAAGCUUUCAGAGAAAGAUGAGGAAAUAGACAAAUUUAGGAGGAGCCAGCAGUGUGCUAUUGACUCCCUGCAGUCCAGCCUGGAUUCGGAGACCAGGAGCAGAGUGGAGGCCACCCGGCUGAGGAAGAACGUGGAGGGGGACCUCAACGAGGUGGAACUCCAGCUUAGCUGUGCCAACCGGCGGGUGUCAGAGGCAACCAAGUCCCUGGGCCAGCUUCAGGUUCAAGUCAAGGACCUUCAGGUGCAGCUGGAUGACAGCACACACCGGAACAGUGAGCUGAAGGAGCAGGUGGCUUUGGCUGAGAGACGCAACUCUCUUCUCCAGUCUGAACUGGAGGAACUGAGGUCCUUGCAAGAGCAGACAGAACGUGGGCGCAGGCUGGCAGAGGAAGAGCUCCUGGAGGCCACAGAAAGAAUCAAUCUUUUCCAUACCCAGAAUGCAAGUCUCCUUGGCCAGAAGAAGAAACUGGAGGUUGAUCUUGCCAGGAUGCAGAAGGAAGUCGAAGAGGCAGUGCAGGGGCGUCGAAAUGCAGAAGAGAAGGCCAAGAAGGCAGCCACUGAGGUGGCAAAUGUGUCAGAAGAACUGAAGAAGGAACAAGACACCAAUGCCCACCUGGAGAAGAUGAGAAGGACUAUGGAGCAGACAAUGAAAGACUUACACAAAAGGCUCAGUGAAGCUGAACAGAUGACCCUGAUGGGGAGUAGAAAGCAAAUCCAGAAACUAGAAUCCAGGAUUUCUGAACUGGAAGGUGAACUAGAGGGCGAAAUCCGGCGCAAUGCAGAAGCACAGAGGGGAGCCCGCCGGCUGGAGCGCUGCAUCAGAGAGCUGACCUACCAGGCAGAGGAAGACAAGAAAAAUCUGAGCAGGAUGCAGUCUCUGAUGGAUAAUCUUCAGCUAAAAGUGCAAAGUUACAAGCAGCAAAUUGAGGCAGCGGAAGCACAAGCCAAUCAAUAUCUUUCCAAGUACAAGAAGCAGCAACGUGAGUUGAACGAAGCUAAGGAAAGGGCAGAGAGAGCAGAAUCACAAGUCAAUAAACUCAAGAUUAAAGCAAAAGAGUUUGGAAAAAAGGUUCGGGAAGAAUAAGCAGUCCUUGCUUAUGAAAGACAGUGGCUGGAGAAGCGUGUGUUUCCACUUGAUGGCCGAAAAGUUAAGUUGCAUUUGAAACAAACAUUUAAAAUAUGUUUAAAACAAGUGAUUAGAAAAAUGUAAUGAUUAAAGGCAGUGUCCUUGCUUCCAAGGUUAAUAAGGAUCUUUUGAUCCUCAAAUACAAGUAAACAUUUCACAUGAAAGGUUAAAUAGAUGUAAUGAGCUUUUCAAUUCUGAAGUUAAUAAAUGGAUUGAUACUUG